CGUCACAAAGAUAGUGGACACGGCAUGAGGAGGCCCCACAGUUUCAGUUCCCUUAAAAAUACAGAAAUCAUGAUACUUUUAUUUAAUUUUAGGUCAGUACUGUGUAAGAUGAUGAGUUGACCGUUUCAACAACUAAUUUUGUGGUGCAAAAUUGACCUAAAUCUUAUGCAAAUAGGCGAGCUUUAGGACCCAGCGAUGCGGGGUGUCCGCUUCCCUACCAUUCAUCGACAUAACAAUGGCGGCGUUUACCUGAGUGCAUCUGACUACGCGUAAUGACCGGCGAGCUCAACCUUUGACGUGUGUUCCUUAUACAUGGUCCGUGGAUAUAUAUUGUCAGCGUGGUUAUAAUUAUACCUGCUGAUGGAGCACAUCCGACUACCAAAGGUGCAGAAGGUCAGGCUGCUUGACAGAGUGUUCCCCAGAAGGAGCAGGGUGGGCACCCUCUACCUGACGGCCACUCACACCAUCUUUGUGGAGAGUGAUGCUGAAAUGCGCAACGAAACAUGGGUGCUUCACAGUUUGGUUUUUAGUGUGGAAAAACAAUCACCCACACCAUCAGGAUGCCCGCUCCUGAUACAUUGCAAAAACUUCCAGGUUCUUCAUUUUGUCAUUCCGCAAGAGCGAGAAUGCCAUGAUGUGUAUGUGUCCCUGCAGCGGCUCGCUCAGCCAGAGAGUUAUGAGGAGCUGUAUUGUUUUUCCUAUAAACCCAACUUGGAUAAGAAAGAAAGUGGACAGGAAUGGGACUUUGUGGACCUGAGAGCUGAAUACAGCCGAAUGGGACUCCCAAACUCCCUGUGGAAACUUUCCUCGGUCAACCGGCGCUACAAGGUGAGUGACACUUACCCCGCUGAACUCUUUGUCCCUGAGUCAACCACUCCUUCGGUCAUCGCAGGAAGCUCCAAGUUCAGGAGCAGAGGCAGAUUUCCUACACUGUCGUACUUCUCCAAAGAUAAUCUUGCUGCCAUCUGCCGUAGCAGUCAACCCCUAUCAGGCUUCAGCGCUCGCUGCCUGGAGGAUGAGCAGAUGCUGGAGGCCAUACUGAGGUCCAAUCCCUGCAGCGACUUCAUGUAUGUGGUGGACACCAGGCCCAAGUUGAAUGCAAUGGCGAAUCGAGCAGCGGGAAAAGGCUAUGAAAACGAGGACAACUACACUCACAUUAAAUUCCAGUUUGUCGCCAUCGAGAACAUCCAUGUAAUGAGGAACAGCCAACAGAAAAUGCUUGAAGUGUGUGAGCUGCGUUCCCCCUCCAUGUCUGACUUCCUGGAGGGCCUGGAGAGCUCAGGCUGGCUGAAGCACAUCAAAGCUGUUUUGGAUGCAAGCAUCUUCAUCGCCAAGGCUGUUGCAGAGGAAGGUGUCAGCGUCCUGGUUCAUUGUUCAGAUGGUUGGGAUCGUACUGCUCAGGUGUGCUCUGUGGCCUGUGUGUUGCUGGAUCCUUACUACCGGACCAUCAAAGGACUCAUGGUUCUCAUCGAGAAAGACUGGGUGUCAUUUGGCCACAAGUUUUCUCACAGAUGCAGCCAUAGGGUUGGAGACCCUAAAGAGGUGUCUCCCAUUAUAGACCAGUUCCUGGAGUGUUUAUGGCAGCUGAUGGAGCAGUUUCCCUGCGCCUUUGAGUUCAAUGAACGGUUCCUCAUCACCAUUCACAGCCACAUCUACUCCUGCCAGUAUGGCAACUUUAUUGGAAACAACCAGCGGGAGAGAAUAGAACUGGGACUUUGUACAAGGACUCACUCUUUAUGGAGUUAUCUGUGGUCAAACCGUGCAGACUACACAAACCCCUUGUACAGACCAGACCACAGCCAGACACAGGGGCUCCUUCGGCCAUCUACUGCCCCCUGCUGGUUUAAAUUUUGGAGGGGUUUAUACAACCGGUUUGACCGCGGCAUGCAUCCUCGUCAGUCUGUUGAGGAUUACCUGCGGGCCAUUCAAGAGGAAACCCAACAGUUGGAAGAGCUGCUGGCCUCACACAAGCAGAAAAUCGCUGAACUUGAGGAGCAGGUGUGGCGUUGUACGCGGAAAGCCACCACUUAUGAUAAAAGCCCCACAGCCUGGGUUCUUGGUCAUGACCUCAGCUUAGCAAACACCCCUCAAGACUACACCUCAGGAUUCCUCACCAGCAGCCCAUGUCAACCUAAAGCGCCACGCAGUGGUCUGACCCUCUCUCCCCAAGACUUGAGCCAAACGUUCAACUCCAACCACUCCAACGGCAGUGACCGGGAAUCUGGGAUAGCGGACCUGAGCUGCCGUUCACCCUUCAGCGAGGACAGCACCAGAGAUCAGGACUCCGACGAUGCUGCCUAAACAAAUGUAGCAUGUGGCGGAAGAUGUAACUGGACCACUAAACAAACACUACCUACAUAUGCACUAAAAAAACAGUCUAUUUGCUAAUUUCAGCCACAAGUCAUCGUCCCGUUCCAUAAAUAAGUGUUGUUUGCAUGUGAUGUGGUGUUGAACAUAUAUACUAGGCGAGCACUCUUUACUGAAGCUUAACACUAACACUGAAAGUGUCAGAAGGAUGGACUAUUUCACCCUGCUUUUGAUAUUCGGGGCCAAAUUAAACCGAUACUAUGUGCAGAUACAGUUUAAAAUAGUGAAGUGCCUCCUGGUCCAUUUUGUAGGCCCAUGAUCCACUCCAAAAACAUGAUCUUAAAUGAGGAGCCAAAACACUUCAGUGUACAUCCCUGCUUUCAUAAAUCACUUUGUAAUUAUACAGCAAACAUUUUACUUGACAGGCAAAAAGACAAGACCUAACCUAAUAAAAGUAGAUGCACCGCGACAAAAGGGACUUACUUGAAUCUGAUUCAAUCAUGCCUGGUGGAAAGAAAGUUAUCUUAACAAUUAUUUGAAAAAGGGCCAGUAAGAACAAAAUCAAACUGUGAUCCAAGGCAAAUAUGGUGUCAAUCUUUACAUGUUUCAUGGUGACUGCUCAGGACCGAAGGAAUUUUGCUCGAUAAUGUGUUUGAAUAAGGCUGUAGAAAAAAAAUGUCAACUGCAGCCGCCAUAUUGAACAGUUUCUUCUAUUCCUGAUGACUGAUUGUGAUGGACAGCAUGUGAACACAAAGUAUCACUGUGUUAGGAGAAAAAUCUGCCUAUUACUGUACUGUAUUACAUUGCCAAUGAACAAUGCAGCAUGCAAGUAUAUUUUUGUACUGUUUAUUUUGUUUGUAACCCUGAUGGCAUGCAUGCCAUGUUUAUUGUAUCUAAAAAGUUUACGUCAUCACUUUACAUUACGGCAGUUAUUUGUUCAUGUGGAAUUAAUAUAUAUUAUUGAAUUCAGCUAUGUUGAUUGUAUUUUGUGGGGGGGAAAUAAA